AUGGCACACGAUCAGGACCGCGACUCGAUAAAGUCGCCUUCAACGAGCCGAGAAAGCAUCAAGUCUCGGCAAUCGGAAACUGAGACGACACCGCUGCUUCGAAAGGAGAGUGACCAGCGGGAAGCUGAUUCGGUGGGCAAGUCCAAAUCGUGGAGCGGUGCUGUACUGAGGGUGUUGUUCACUUCGUUCCUGGUGUCUUUGUCGUUUGGUGUUACGCAGGUGCCCUUGAUCUAUGUCAUCGGAUUGAUGACUUGCGAGGAAUACUACAAAACACAUCCUGAUCCUGGGGAUGUACUUGGACGAUGUCGAAAUCCUACCAUCGAAGCCGGCACAGCGCAAUCCGUGGCAUUACUCGGGGCGGGGACGACCUUAUUCGGUGUUGUCAACCUCUUUUUCACGGGAUGGUCAAUCAAACGUUUUGGGAUCAAGUCGGCCUUGAUGACUUCUGUCCUGUGGCCUGCUGUACGCCUGGCUGUUCAGAAUGUCGGGGUUCAGACGGGAGGAGGUCUGGGCAUUAUCAUUAUUCAACUAUCGCAGGCCAUUACCAUCUUUGGAGGCCCGGCAGGAUAUUUGCUUGCACUGAACUCGUUCGCCACGGAAAUCGUAAAACCAGCUGAGAGAACCGCAACUCUAGGGAGGCUUCAAGGGGUUGCAUUCUUCGGCACAUCGUUGGGAUAUCUUACUGGAGGACUGCUAAGUGAUAUCUUUGGCACAAUCGCCCCUUUCAGAGUCACUCUGGGCCUGUUCGUCAUCUCCACGCUCUACGUCUGGCUGUUCCUCCCAUGGCUACCGAACAACAUCACACCCGAACAACUCAAAAAGACCGCCUCUCUAUCCGCCUUCUUCGAACCCCUCAAAAUGUUCGUGCCCCGCAAAUGGGUUCUCCAGGACGGUCGUGUGAAGCGCGAACACGGCAUACUCCUCCUAGGAGCAGGUGCCUUCCUGGCCCUCCUCGCGACAGGCUACAUUCCCGUCCUCCUCCAGAUGUAUGCCACAGACGUCCUCGACUUCGGCACCACCGAAAACGGCUGGCUCAUCGCCCUGAACUCCCUCGUCCGCGGCCUCUUCCUCACAUUCGCCUUCCCAGCAAUCAUCACCAACGGCCGCAAAUGGCUCGACCGCCGCCGCCGCCUCCCCCAAUCCGACAAACUCACCCGCGAACAUUCCACGUCCACCAUCCCCGACAUCCCAACCGACCCCAACACAAUCGAACCCGGCCCCAUCGAAGCCGAAACCGACCUCGAACCCACCGAACCCCCCCAACCCUCCCCAGGCGAAGAAGAAUCCUUCCAAUUCGACCUCCUCUACGCCCGCUACAGCAUCCUCAUCGACGGCAUCCUGACCGCCCUCGCCACCUUCGCGACGCAAGGCUGGCAACUCUACAUCGUCGCCUUCGUCCUCCCCCUCGCCGCCGGCACGGGCUCCGCGGCCAAAGGCACGAUCCUGCAAAUGUGCUCGCAGCGCGAACGCGCCGACGCCCUGAGCGCCAUCAGCCUCGUCGAGAUGGUGGCGCGGCUGACGGCGACGGCGGUGUUUGGGUUAGUGUUUAGUGCGUUUGCGGAGGAGGGGAGGCCGAAUUUGACGUUUCUUGCGAAUGGCGCGUUGGCUGUGGUGGCGUUUUUGACGUUGCUUGUGACGAGGUUUCCGCCGAGGGGGGCGAGGAGGGUGGAGGAGGUGGAGGUGGAUGAGGAGUAG